UUUAUAACUCGCUGCCAAUGUCGUCACCCACCUCAUUCUUCCAUCUCACACACCAUGAGACUACUACUCCUUCUUCUAACUGCCGCCCUGUCUCAGGCUCUACUCAGGGUCCCCCUGAGCAGAGGGAAAUCCAUCAGGAGGACAUUACUGGAACAUGGACUUCUCCAAUAUUCCGCAGUCCUGCAGGACGCAGCCAGGGAGCCUUUAGUGGACUAUAUGGAUAAUGAAUACUUUGGCACCAUUUCCAUUGGAACUCCCCCCCAAGACUUCUCGGUUGUGUUUGACACAGGAUCUGCGGAUCUGUGGGUUCCCUCCGUCUCCUGCUCCAGUGACGCCUGCACAAAUCAUCAAAGGUUUAAUCCUCACGUUUCCUCCAGCUUCCAACCAUCCAAUCAGAUCGUCUCCAUCUCCUACGGCACAGGCAAGAUAAGUGGAGCGCUGGCAUAUGACACGGUACAGGUGGCGAAUAUUGCGGUUCACAAACAAGCUCUGGUUCUAACUGAGACAGAGUCCAUUUUCCUCUUCUACUCGCACUUUGAUGGGAUCUUGGGGUUGGGGUAUCCCAGUCUUUCAGUAUCUGGGACGCCUCCUGUCUUUGAUAACAUGUGGAGUGAAGACUUAAUUCCAGAAGAUAUCUUCUCUGUCUAUCUCAGCAGUGGAAGUGGAAGUUUUGUUGUAUUUGGCGGAAUUGACGACUCUCUGUACUCCGGAAAUCUGCACUGGGUGCCGGUCACUCCACAGAAAUACUGGCAGAUUACAAUAGACAGUAUCACAAUGAACGGUCAUUCGGUGGCCUGUCUGGAGGGAUGUCAGGCUAUAGUGGACACCGGGACUUCUGUCAUCGCUGGUCAUCCAGACGCCAUCAGUGGGAUUCAAAGAGCUAUUGGAGCAAAAGCCGACCCCUACGGACUGUAUCAUGUGAACUGUGACACCAUCAGUCAUCUUCCAGACAUGAUCAUCUCCAUUGAUGGGAAGAACUACCCUCUGCCUGCCAGAGCUUACAUCAACCAGUUCCCUGGAUCCUGUAGCAGUGGAUUCCAGUCAACCUCUGGCCUUUGGAUUCUUGGUGACAUUUUCAUUCGGGAAUAUUUUGUGGCAUUUGAUCGUGGAAAUAACCGAGUCGGAUUUGCACCUACUAUCAAGUCAUAACUUCUCUACAAGAGGUUCAUAUGUGAGAUUAUGGCUCAUGAUUUCUGAAUAAAGUUGGUGCUGGUUACUCGCU